GCUCUUCACAUUCAUUUCACAGCGAGAGAGCAGCCCGUCGAGGGGGAGCAACAUGAGACAAGUUUGACUCUAUAAACUCAUGGAAAAAGUGGAAUUACUCUGACUUUUUUUACUUCGACAUCGAGAACAACGUUUUGUUAUCAUGAGAGUGUGAGCUGCUGAUUUAAAAUAUAUAUUUUCAAGAAAAACUCAACUCAAGUGCUAGAGAAGAUAAACAUACUCAAAACAAUAUGUCAUCCACUGAAGAACCGUCUGGCACGGUCCUGCACCGGCUGAUCCAGGAGCAGCUGCGCUAUGGAAACCCCACAGACACCCGCACUUUAUUAGCCAUCCAGCAGCAGGCCCUGCGUGGAGGCAGUGGGAGCAACAGUGGACCCAGCAGUGGAUGUGAACUGGGCAGGAGCCCACGCUCCUCUCUGGAGAGUCUCACCCAGGAGGAGCCUCCGUUCCCUCAGCUCUCUGCCAGGCAGGAGCCCCAGGGCCAGGAGCACCAGGGAGACUACCUUCACUCAGAGAGUGGCUACCAGCUCUACCAGCUGCACGGCGAGGAGCUGCCAACAUACGAGCAGGCCAAGGUACACUCUCAGUAUCUGGCCUCUAACUGGGCCCCUACAGGCCCCGUCAGGCAGCACCACGAGGGGCUCCUGCAUGAAGGAGCCUUCCAUGAAGAGGCAGAUAUAAUGGAGCUGAAGUGCAGCCAUGUUCGAUCUCUCAGUGAGCAUUGCAUGCAGAUAUCUCUGGAGAGGAAUGAUGCAGCUGCUAAAGCGGAGGCCCUCAGGUGCACCUCUCACAGCUACCCUGAGCUGCCGUACUACACACCGCCGGCCCUCCAGAGCCCGAGGCAGAGCAUGGACAAACGCAGCCCCCCUCCAGUCUACUCAGCCCCCAUCCAGGGCCAAGGAUUUAUUCCUCACCAGAGCCAGGAGGUGCAAGCACAGCAGCACAGGUAUGUCCAGUCUGUCCAGCAAGCUGAACUGCCCUGCUACAGCACAUUCAGCAGCCUGCCACCUGCUGGCUUGGAGGAGCCCAACCAGGUGGAGCUGCUGCUGAUGGAAAACGAGAGGCUGAGGCAAGAGCUGGAAGCACACAGGGAGAAGACUGGCCGUAUUCAGAAGCUGGAGCAUGAGAUCCAGCGUAUUUCCGAGGCCUAUGAGACAAUGAUGCAGGGCAGCUGUAAGAGGGAAAACCUGGAGCAGACACUGAGGAAGAGGCUAGUGUCUGAGAUCAGGAGGCUACAGGAUUUCAACAGAGACCUAAGAGAAAACUUGGAAAAUGCCAGAUCACAUGUUGCUAAAGAAGUAGAAGCAGCUGACCACAACCAGCACAUCAUGGCGAAACUCCUUGAACAAAAUGAGGAGCAGAACUUUGAGAAGGAGCGCGUAGAGCGGGAGUUGGAGCGAUUGCGAUCCACAGUGGAGGAGCAGAACAAAAGGUCAAAGCAUCUCGAGGACGCGCUGGACACAGCUCGUGGACGAGGCCGCCAGCUUGAAGACGAGUUGAGGAGGAAGAGGGCUUAUGUGGAGAAGGUUGAGAGACUUCAGAGUGCGCUGGCUCAGCUGCAGUCCACCUGUGAGAAGAGGGAGACCCUGGAGAUGAAGCUGAGAACGCGACUAGAGCAGGAGCUGAGGACUCUGAGGGCACAACAGAGGCAGACUCAGCCACCAGGAGUGACAAUGGGCUCCCUCCAAGAGCGCCUGCAUGAGCGCGAGGAGCGAAUCCUGGCCCUCGAGGCCGACAUGGUGCGCUGGGAGCAGAAGUACCUGGAAGAAAGCACCAUGAGGCAGUUUGCCAUGGAGGUGGCUGCCACCGCCGCUGCACAGAGAGACACCACCAUCAUUAACCACUCACCUUGCCACUCCUCCAACAACAGCUUCAACGAGGACCUGCCGGUGGCCGACUACAGGAAUCAGGAGAUGGAGAACAGGAUCCGUGCUCUUUACGCUCAGAUCUUGGAGAAGGACGCUGUGAUCAAGAUCCUCAACCAGCGGCUGCACCAGGACCAAGGGAGGAAGGACGAACACAGCCCCCGCCCAAACCUCCUGAAUACAGUGGGGGCAUCUCUCCGACCCGCCUCCUCCACCCCCUCCAUCAACACCGCCUUGAGCAACACAAGGAGUCGAGGUAAGAGUCUCUCAGACGAUCAGACUUUGCCAAGCCAUCAGUUCUCCGCUCAGUCUGAGCCUGGAGCGCUCGAGCUGCAGGUGGAGGGGACGAAAGCCAAAGAGGCUGCCAGCACGACUAAGCUCAACAGUGACAAGGCAGCGCCUAAGAAGUUGCUAUUAAACCCCUUCAGAGGCCUGGAUGAGCUGGAUUCAGAGGCGGUGGAAAUCUUCAUUUAAAGAACCGGGAGGUGGAUUUUGAAUGAGAAGAAAUAACAAUUCUGAGAAUCUGUGAAGAGUGCAAGUCUUUGAAAAGAGUGGAUUGAAUAUUGGAUUCAAGAAUGUCGUGGAAAGAGGCCAAUGCACGCAAAAAAUGAGGACCAUUUUCACAUUUUUAGAGACAGAGCUGUGCUCCGCCUCACUCCCUCUCACUAAGCUGGACAGCUGCAGGCAGUCUGCCCGGCUGGGUGAGAAAAGACUAAUCUUCUGAGGUACUUGGACAGUAUUGUGGAUUGUAAUAGGGCAACAUGUUUUCAGAGAGUGAAUGCCUAAAUAUUUAUAUAAAUAUAUAUAUUUGCUGCUUUCCCCCUUCACAACCCCCUUUAUCUCCUCUCCCAACCCAGUGAAUUAAGAAGCUACAUAUUUAUCUUAUCUGGUUUCCACAUUCCCCAAAUAUUAACUUAAGCCUCCUGCUCUUCAAGACACAUAUUCAAUAAAAGGUUAUCUAUGUGACCUCUAUUCCCCCCCUCUCCAAUAAGAAUUGUCAAUCUGAGUAACCUCAUUCCCAUCACUUGGAUCUUAUCUGUGUGUAAGACUUCCCUGUGUUCAAUAAUUUAAGCUUAUAACACAUGAGACACUGCUGAUUUAAAUGCUCUUGCUGUCCAUAUUGCUGAAGCCCGAGCAGCUGGUUCUGCAAAGGUUUAGAGGUGUGUGAACUGUGAGAUGCAUAAUAUAUUAAAGACAAACUGAAACAGACAUGGUGUUGUUAGUGAUUUUGAAAGGGUGUUGAAUCUUGGUGUUGAUUUCAUCAUCUGUUUUUCUGAUGACUUUUUCCUUAACAAAGUAUGUUUGCAUGUGUGAUUACAGUAUGUGAGUGUGUUCCCUGAUGUGGUGAUUCUGCUGGUUUGGUCACCAUUGUGGGAUAAAAGCUGAAAAACUACACCGUGUUGUUUUGUUUGUUUACUGUGAGCUUUGAACUAACAAGCAGGUUUAUUAUUAUUAUUAUUAUUAUUAUUAUUAUUAUAUAUUUUCUACAGAUUUGUUUGUAUUGUUAUUUUAGGUUCGAUAGGGCUUUGAGCAGGAUGCCAAAGAGUUUAUGUAUGUUUGUCGUAAGUUAUGUGCCGACAAUCACGGUCAUGUCAAGCUGUACACAACCAACCUAGUGUUGACUUCAAACAGACAUUUCUGUGAACUUCAAACAAUAUGAAGGCUUUUACAGUUGAAUUCAUGCAACAUUUCAUAAAGCAAUAAAAUAUUCUAAUAUACAUUA